AUGGAUCCAUCCGCGAGACGGGAUCUGGAGCUCGAGGGUUCCGCGGAGAGCGCGCUGCCGGAGCCUGUGCCUGCCGGUCUUCGCCCGCGUGUCCCUGCGCACCCCUCCGUAAGAGAGCCCGUCCGCCGCUUCGAGCGGGUGCUAACUCUUCCCCAUCGGCCUGCUGCGCGCCCCACCUCGCCGGAGUAUUCGUGGGCCCCUGCACGCGUUGCGUCGAACCGCCCGGACGGCCAGCCGCGGCAGGAGCGCGGGCGCUCGCCUCCGCGCCAGCGCUCACCCCGAGCGCGAUCCCCCACGCAACGCUCUCCGCGGCGAUCUCCGGUGACGCGGGGGAGGGGGUCACCUGGGCGUCGCUGGGAGUCGGUUCGUCGCGAGCAGUCCCCUCCGCGUCCGCAUUCGGCUGGUUCCGGAGGCCGACGGGGCCGGCGAAAUGGUGGUGGGCGUGGCGGUAACGGUCGCGGGCAGGAUCCUGCCCUCGAUCGGGCCACGAGUGCGUUUGCGGAGGUUGUGCGUCAGGCGCGGGCGAGUGGAGAGCCGACUCACGUACACAUUGAAGUGACCAACGGCCCUCCCUUCGCCGCGGAUCCUGGCCAGGUGGCUCCUCUGCGCGCGCCGACGCUGCGCGAAUAUCAGCCCGCGCGAGAGGUGCGGGCUCAGUUUCACACCCCUCAUCAGGUCCCGGGCUUCUUUGCGUCGCGCUUCCCUGUUGGCCAAACUCCUGGCUGGCUAACGGCGUUUCCUCGCGAAGCCCCGACUGCACCUCCCCCCACUCGCGCGGGGAGAGACCCCAUGCUGACCAUGUGCCGGAUUCUGAAUAUGGCGGAGGCGUGCGAGGUGGUGGCGAACUUGCAGCUGGCGGUGUGUGCGGCAACGCGGAACUUUCCGAGCAGUUAUGGUGUAGAGACCGUGGGAAUGGAGGGAAGGGGGGGGGAGGGCGGGGAAGGAGCAGAGUGGAAGGGCGGGGACGGAGGGGAGUGGGAGGGCAGGGACGGAGGGGAGUGGGAGGGCGGGGAUGGAGGGGAGGAGGAAGGCAUGGAGGGGGGCGGCCAGAAGAAGACCGAGAGUUUAGGCUGCUUGGCUUGGUGUCUGCUGGGAAGGUCACUGGGCAGCAAGGCAGCCGAAUUUUAG